UGGAUUGCAGUUUGCGUGCGUUAGAUUUGGCAAGGCUGUGUCCUUAGGAGGCCUUAGGAGGAAAGGAACACAGCCUUGCGUCCCCAAGUGUGUGGGCAAAGGGGUGGUUGAGGAAGGUAGGCGUGAGAGCUAGAACGGGAGGACAGGAAAGUGGCAGGAGACACGCAGUUGGGACUCACCUUGGGUAGUGAAGUUCGAAGAAGAUCAGAGAGGGUGGAACUGUGCAGGUGUAAUUUGGCGCUAACGUGAGAUGCCGUGUUCCACUGCAAUGGUGCUGACGCGGCGGUGAGUUGGCGCGCUAACAAUUUGGCGCGUUUCGCGAGGAAUCGAGAGAGCGAGAGCGAGCGAGCGAGCGAGAGAGAGAGAGAGAGAGAGAGAGAGAGAGAGAGAGAGAGGCGCCAUGGAUAUCCCAAGAGAAGACAUAGAGAGACUGUAUUUCUAUGAAACAGCGCGGGAGCAGGCGGCGAAUCAAUACUUGCUGACACCGACGAAUGCGGACAACCUGACGGACUGGGGGAAAGCUCUUCUGGAGUUGGCCCAUUUUCGACAGGGGAAUGAGUCGAUUAACAUGCUGGAAGAAGCCGUCUCCAAGUUCGAAGAGGCCCUGUCCAUCGCUCCAACCAGACAUGACACCCUUUGGAACUUGGGAAACGCAUUCACUUCUCAAGGAUUGCUGACACCGGAGCAAGAGAAGGCCAGUGAGUGCUUCGGCAAGGCAGCCGAGGCUUAUCAGAAGGCCUUGGACCAAGAUCCCGACAAUGAAAUGUACAAGAGGUCCAUGGAGAUGACAGAGAAAGUGCCCUCCAUUAGGGCUGAAUUACAGAAACACCUACAGCAGGCGGGGAUGACAAGCGAAGGGCCAAGCCAUAGCUCACCGUUUGGCAGGAUGGAAGGGGGCACUUCGGCUGCAGCCAGGGCGGCAAGGAAGAAGAGAGACAGUGAUUUCAAGUAUGACUGCAUAGGGUGGGGUGUACUUGUUGUCGUCGCUUGCGUUUGGAUAGGACUGGCUAGAUCGGCUGUCCCUCAAGGACCACCAUCGCCAGCAAGAUAACUCGAGAGGGAGAUCAGAGAGAGUCUGAUAAGCUAGUUAAG